AUGAGUGGACGGGCCCGUGUGAGGGCACGAGGCAUCGCCCGCAGCCCCAGUGCCACGGAAGUGGGGCGCACCCCGGUCUCGCCAUCGCCUGCAUCUGUUGUUCUUAGUGACAAUGAAGCGUCCUCUAGCAGUGAAUUCAUGGAAACAAGUAGGAUUUCACUGAACUGUAAGUAUGGUGUAUCUUCUGGUAAUGUUGGAAGUACCUUCUCUGAAAGAGGUGUGGCAAUCAGUCGGAACUUCAUGGAUUUGGAUAUCUGUACCAGACAGAAAUUGGCACAUGUGAGAGAUUGUAAAACAGGUUCUAGUGGAAUACCUGUGAAACUGGUUACAAAUCUCUUUAGUUUAGAUUUGCCCCAGGACUGGCAGCUAUACCAGUACCACGUGACGUAUAUUCCAGAUUUAGCAUCUAGAAGGCUGAGAAUUGCUUUGCUUUAUAGUCACAGUGAACUUUCCAACAAAGCAAAAGCAUUUGAUGGUGCCAUCCUUUUUCUGUCACAAAAGCUAAAAGAAAAGGUCACGGUGCUGUCAAGUGAAACUAAAAGAGGCGAGACUGUGAAGAUGACUAUCACUCUGACAAGCGAGCUGCCGUCCAGUUCCCCCGUGUGCAUUCAGGUCUUCAACAUCAUCUUCAGAAAGAUCUUAAAAAAGUUGUCCAUGUACCAAAUUGGACGGAACUUCUAUAAUCCCUCAGAGCCAGUGGAAAUUCCCCAGCACAAAUUAUCCCUUUGGCCUGGGUUUGCCAUUUCUGUAUCCCAGUUUGAAAGCAGGCUCCUGUUCAGUGCUGACGUGAGUUAUAAAGUCCUCCGGAAUGAGACGGUUCUAGAAUUCAUGACUGCUCUCUGCUACAAAACUGGCCUGUCCUGCUUCAGCGAGACGUGUGAGAAACAGCUGAUAGGGCUCACUGUCCUCACAAGAUACAAUAACAAAACCUAUCGCAUUGAUGACAUUGACUGGUCCGUGAGGCCCACGCACACCUUUCAGAAGCGGGAUGGCACUGAGAUCACCUACAUGGAUUACUACAAGCAGCAAUAUGAUAUUACUUUAUCUGACCUAAAUCAGCCAAUGCUUGUUAGUCUGUUGAAGAGCAAGAGAAAUAACAACACUGAGGCUCAGCUUGUGCACCUCGUACCAGAGCUCUGCUUUCUAACAGGGCUGACUGACCAGGCAACCUCUGAUUUUCAGCUGAUGAAGGCUGUGGCUGAAGAGACACGCCUCGGUCCCUUGGGCCGGCAGCAGCGUCUGGCCAGGCUUGUUGACGACAUCCAGAGAAACAAGGAUGCUCGUUUCGAGCUAGAGACCUGGGGACUGCAUUUUGGAAGCCAGAUGUCUCUGACUGGCCGAGUUGUGCCUUCAGAAAAAAUAUUAAUGCAAGACCACGUAUGUCAACCCGUAUCUUCUGCUGAUUGGUCCAAGGAUAUUCGAGCUUGCAAGAUUUUAAGUGCACAGUCUUUGAAUAUGUGGUUGAUUUUAUGUAGCAACAGAAUGGAAAUUGUGACCGAGAGCUUUGUGAACUGCUUGAGAAAAGUGGGAAGUGCCAUGGGAUUUAAUGUGGACUACCCCAAAAUCAUAAAAGUACAAGAAAAUCCAGCUGCGUUUCUUAGAGCUAUACAACAACAUGUUCAUCCUGAUGUUCAGUUGGUGAUGUGUAUUCUGCCUUCUAAUCAGAAAAACUAUUAUGAUUCUAUUAAAAAAUAUUUGAGCUCGGACUGCCCAGUCCCGAGCCAGUGCGUCCUCGCCCGGACCUUGAAUAAACAGGGAAUGAUGAUGAGUGUUGCCACCAAGAUCGCCAUGCAGAUGACCUGUAAACUCGGAGGCGAGCUGUGGGCCCUGGAGAUUCCUUUAAAGUCCCUGAUGGUGGUCGGUAUUGAUGUCUGUAAAGAUGCACUCAGCAAGGACGUGGUGGUUGGAUGUGUGGCCAGCAUUAACCCCAGAAUCACCAGGUGGUUUUCCCGCUGUAUCGUUCAGAGAACAGUAACGGAUGUUGCAGAUUGCUUAAGAGUUUUCAUGACUGGAGCACUCAACAAAUGGUACAAGUACAAUCAUGAUUUGCCAGCACGGAUAAUUGUGUACCGUGAUGGUGUCGGGGAUGGCCAGCUGAAAACACUUGUUGAAUACGAAGUCCCACAGCUGCUGACCAGUGUGACAGAAGCCAGCUCAAAUACCAGCUCCAGACUGUCAGUGAUCGUGGUCAGGAAGAAGUGCAUGCCACGAUUCUUUACAGAAAUGAACCGCACUGUACAGAACCCCCCGCUUGGCACUGUCGUGGAUUCAGAAGCAACGCGUCCAGAAUGGUAUGACUUUUACUUGAUCAGCCAGGCAGCCCGUCAGGGAACUGUUAAUCCCACCUACUAUAAUGUUAUCUAUGAUGACAAUGGCUUGAAACCCGACCACAUGCAGAGACUUACCUUCAAACUGUGUCACCUGUACUACAACUGGCCGGGCCUAGUCAGUAUCCCAGCACCAUGUCUGUAUGCACACAAGCUGACCUUCCUGGUGGCACAAAGCAUUCAUAAAGAACCAAAUUUGCAAUUAGCCAAUUCUCUCUUCUACCUGUGA